UAAGGUACCAGGAAGUAGUAAACGCGUGAAUGAAGCUUGCAUUUAUAACUGAACCUGCUGAAUAAACGAAAGGAAAGCCUAACACAUUUAGAAAUAUGGAAGAUGAUGCGCCUGUUAUAUAUGGUCUUGAAUUCCAGGCACGUGCUUUGACAGCCCAAACUGCAGAAACAGAGUCCAUACGAUUUCUUGUUGGCACACAAUCUCUCAAAUACGACAAUCAGAUACACAUUGUUGACUUUGAUGAUGAAAAUAACAUCAUUAAUAAGAAUGUACUGCUGCACCAAGUUGGAGAGAUAUGGCACCUCAGUGCAAGUCCAGCAGAUAAAAGGGUGCUGACAACAUGUUACAGUAAAACUUCAGACAGUAAAGUGGUAACAUGUGCAGCUAUGUGGAGGAUGCCGAAGGAAUUGGAAUCAGGCAAUCAUGAAUCCCCUGAUGAUUCAUCAAGCAACCCUCAGACUCUAGAGCUGCUCUGUCACCUUGACAACACAGCCCAUGGCAAUAUGGCUUGUGUUCUCUGGGAGCCCAUGGGUGAUGGCAAAAGACUGAUUUCACUUGCAGAUAAUCAUGUGCAGCUCUGGGACUUGCAGGAAAGUUCCAGCAAGGCGGUGAUUUCCAGCUCUGCAACACUUGAAGGAAAGGGGCAGUUAAAAUUGACAUCUGGCCGAUGGAGUCCCCAUCACAACUGCACACAGGUUGCGACUGCCAAUGACACGGCCAUACGAGGCUGGGACAUCAGGAGCAUGAGUCAGAUAUACUGUAUAGAAAAUGCACACGGCCAACUGGUGAGAGACCUGGACUUCAACCCAAACAAGCAGUACUAUCUGGCCAGUUGUGGAGAUGACUGCAAGGUCAAGUUCUGGGACGUAAGGAACAUCAAUGAACCUGUCAAGAGCCUGGAAGAUCACUCCCAUUGGGUGUGGAGUGUGAGGUACAAUAACUCUCAUGAUCAGCUGGUACUGACAGGCAGCAGUGACAGCAGAGUCAUCCUCUCCAACAUGGUGUCCAUCUCUUCAGAACCCUUUGGUCAUCUGGUGGAUGAAGAUGACCUGAGUGACCAAGAAGACAAUCCCCAGGAUAAGAGGAAAGAACCACUUCAGGAUAGCAUAAUUGCCACCUAUGAAGAACAUGAGGACAGCGUGUAUGCUGUGGAGUGGUCGUCUGCAGACCCUUGGCUCUUUGCAUCUUUAAGUUACGAUGGAAGACUUGUCAUAAACAGAGUGCCAAGGGCGCUGAAAUACCAAAUCUUGUUAUAACAAUGUGGAACCAAAAUUUGAAUGUGUCUGUGUUGGCAUUUUAAUGAUUUGCGGUUUGAAACGGAGGAGGGAGGA